AUGGCAGUGACCUUUGACGAUGUGACUGCUAUUUUUACUUGGGAGGAGGGGGAAUUCCUGGAUUCGUCUCAGAAGCAGCUCUACAGAGAGGUCACGCGGGAGAACUACACGAACGCCCCGUCGGUUGGAAACUGGAAAGAGAGCUGUAACCCCCAAGAGGAAAGAUUCAGAUAUUGAGGACACAAACAUCUUCCCUGCUGGCAAAGCUGGAGGAAUGCCAGCGCGCAGCAGGAAGAGAAUCCAAACUACACAGACCCCAUUCGGGGUAUGCAUCCCAAAGGCCCUCCCCACUGUCAGGAGCGGUUACUCUCCACACAAGCACCAGGGCACGGGAGCCACGAGCUGACCUUGGAAGGCAAACGUCCCGGGAGCCUGAGGUACAGAAAGCUCCCCCCUUGUCAGUCCUCACCAGAUGCUGGUGGAGACGUCUGUGUGAGCGGCUCGGGUGCAGUGCCAGGAAGUAGAUACCAUGUUGGCACAGCCAGGGAAAACCUCUCUCCAGAAAAAGCGCAGAAGCCCCUGGGUCAGCGUCCUCCCAUCCCGGGAGAGGAAGCCCUCCCAGCGCGCCCGGGGGCGCUCGGCCAGGAGCAUCGGCUGCGGGGCUCCGGGGCGAGAACCACUGCGGAUGGGACGCAGGCACAGACACCUGUUCCUGGAGCUCGCGGUGUGCGCUCCACGAGAGACACAGCACCUGGGAGGAAAAUUCCAUCGCGGUUCCCUCGGCCCCGCAGGCGUCCCUCAGCGACCAGCCCUGUGCAGGUCCCCGAGAGUCCCCGCAGGCAGGAGGCGGUGCCCGCGCGAGGACGCUGCCGGCAACCCGCGCCCGAGCUCGGGGGUCCACGUCCAGCCGCGAGCCCCCCGGGCGCGGCGGCGUCCCCGUGCGAUGCAUGUGGGAAGAGCGCCCCGCAGGCCCCCGGCCCGCUCCUUCCUCCGAGAGGCCACGCGCCGGAGGGACGCCGCAGACGGCGGUGCGACAGGGACGGCGAGAGGACGGCCCUGCUUCGCCGUCCGCAGAGCCCAUGCCCCGGAGCGCAGCCUUUUAGGUGCGACCCGUGUGGCAAGAGCUUCUGCCGGAGGUCAGGGCUCCGCGUACACCCGCGGGUCCGUCCGGGGAAGCCGCACACCUGCGACGCGUGCGGGAAGGGCUUCAGCCAGAGCGCGAACCUCCGCAUUCGCCCGUCGGUCCACACGGGAGAGACGCUGCACACGUGCGAUGCGUGCGGGAAGGGCUUCGCCCAGCGCUCGAACCUGCAGAUCCACCAGCGGGUGCGCACCGGGGAGAAGCCCUACCCCUGCGGCCACUGCGACAGGGACUUGGGUCACAGCUCAGACCUCCGCAUCCACCAGCAGGUCCACACGGGGGAGAAGCCCUACACCUGCCGGGAGUGUGGCAAGCGCUUCAGCAAGAGCUCCAAGCUGCACACCCACCAGCGGGUCCACGGGGAGAAGCCCUAUCCGUGUGCCCAGUGCGGUAAGGGCCUCCGUCAGCGCUCACACCUCCUCAUUCACCAGCGGGUCCACACGGGCGAGAAGCCUCAUCAGUGCGCUGAGUGUGGCAGGGGUUUCACACAGGCGAGAACACUCAUAAAUGCCCUGAGUAUCCUAAGGGAUUUGACCCGAAUUUACAUCUUCACAAGACACUGCGGAGCUGAGGGGACGGGGAGGAGCAGGAGGGGAGGUCACAAGGCCGAGGAGUGGAUGGAACUAGGGGCUGUGGACGCGUGGAGAACUUUGAACAGAGUCCCUCGGAAUGCUGUGCUAAGAACCGGCUCGAGACACCCGGAGCAGGGAUUCCAGUUAGAAAGCACUGCAGCGGCGCCGGAGAAAGACAAGCUGCUGCAGGACGUGAACAGUGGAGGUGAGAGAAGCGUCCGGUUUGGGAUGUACUUGGAGUUUGGGGGCUGUGACAUCAGAACGCAGGUUUAUACUGGGCGGUAG